AUAGAUCUGAAUCAACUCUACGUUGGACGUGAAUACGCUCGUGACUUGUCACCGAGCGAGAUCAAACAGCUGAAGGAAUUCGAUACUAAAAUGAGUGCCUACCAAAAAUACGUUUCGGAGAGCAUUCAUCAGCAAGUGCAGAGUUUAUUCGGUGGAAUGAAUUCGGACCUGUGGAGUCUUUUGGGUGACCCGGCGCCAGCCACCACUGAAAUUCCUAGCGAUUCUACCACAGCGUUGGCACCUGUCGAGGCACCUGAGGCUCCAUCGUUCUGCGUAGCUAUUUAUUAA